GGAGCUCGGGGACGCUCGUUAACGUAGAUAGUACAAAUUUUACUUCAGGACCGCUUCAAACCUUUUUACAAGUGAAUGUUACGUUUACCAUUUCUUUUUACUCUAGACGACUAUACAUUUAAUAUAAAUAAGUUUCAUAAUUUGUUUAUGAAUUAAAUAAUUCGUGAAAAUGGAAGCAAAAUUUUCGAGUUAAUAUUUCAGCAUAUGAAAAUGAAUAAAAAUGCCUUGGAAUUGUUUCUGGGGAUACGAGUCUCCGCCGCCACUUUGUCGCGUGAGUGGACCAUUGCAUUUCAUAAAUCAGAAAGAGGGCGUGGCACAGGCGCACGCAUUCCGGAGCAAGGUAUUCAAGAAACCGAGAUCCUGUCAAUGGUGCCAUCAGCUUGUACACAACCAGGGUAGCUGCUGCCGAGUUUGCAAAUAUGUCUGUCACACGGGCUGCGAGAGUAAGGUGUCGGGCGCUAUCGAGCUCUCCGACCCAGCCAACUCUGCGGAAAUACUACAACGACUACAAAAUUCUGACAAAGCAAGAUUCUCGGAUACAAGUUGGCAAAUACAUCGGACGUGGGCACGUAAUGGGGACCCGCUACAGCUGUCGCCACCGCCAUCGCGUGAGGACAUCUCCACGCUACCCGCCUCCGCUACCGCCGUCACCGUCACCUCUCCCCUUCGCAGCGAUCAGAAUGGCAUCUAUGACACCAUCACGACUCGAGCGGUCAGCGCCCCGGCACCUUCAGUUACGUCAGUUUUUGCCAGGGAACAUGGUGGUGCUCGCUCAGUGAGUUACCCUGGCCCUGGCGGUCCAGGUGGUCCUGGCUCACGCCUGGAUUUGUGUUACGUGGCGGAACGUAUGCUCGCACUUCACCUGCCAGAUAGAGAUGCUCAAGCAGAAGCCCAGGCUGCUCAUAUGCUGAACAACAAACAUGGUGAACAUUACAUGGUAUUUGAAGUGAGUGGCAACGACACUAGCGGCGAUGGUCGCACGGCACGUAGCGUGUUCGGUCGUGCGCGGUCACUGGGCUGGGCAGGAGAUUUAGCGCCGCCACUUGAACGUCUAUGCGCUGCUUGCAAGCAUAUCGAAAGCUGGCUGGCUGCCCAUCCGAAGAAUGUUGCGAUACUACUAGCUUGGGGCAACCGGGAGCGGCUAGGAGUACUAGUGGCAGCCUACAUGCACUACUCGGCGAUUUGCGGUGCUCCGGAACACGCACUCGACCGCUAUGCGAUGCGACGCUAUCUCGACGACAGAGUCCCUGUUUUCCACCUGCCCUCCAACAAACGAUACAUAGAUACGUUUGCGGGCUUGCUAGCUGGUCAGAUCCGAGUAAACGCGGCGCCACUGCAGCUGACCCAUGUGAGCGUGGCGGGCUCACUCGCAGCGCCCACCACCCCCACUAUCGCCUUCCUGAAGAUAUACGAGAAUUAUACCUGCGUCUACACAUCAGGACUGUACAUGGUCAACGGCGGUGGAUGGACUGUAGGUGUAGGUCGGCUCGCGCUACGAGGUGACGUUCUAGUGCGCGCGUAUCGGAGACCAGCGCAUGCGCACACACACGCGCACAAUCCCCAACGACACCUGGUCUUCGCCUGUCAGUUCCACACCUGCGCUGUUGCGGACCACACCCUCUCUUUUACUAAGCAACAACUUGACCACGCUGUGCACGACCCGUCGUUUCCAAGUGACGGAGCGGUAGAGCUGGUGUUCGCUCGCGGCGGGUCGGGUGGCGCGACGCCCGCCCCCACUCCGGCGGCCCCGCUGCGUGCGGCGCCCGACGCACUCGCACGCGCAGAUUCCCUCGAACAUCUGAGACCACUCUCCACGAUCACUGAUGAUGAUCCAGGUGACAAUAACGGCAGUGCAGAGGGCUCGGGCUCCGGUGGGGAAACGGGCGAGGGGGCGGAGGCUGCUCAUACGUUCGGUCCUUUGGACGGGUCCAUCUACGCGACAGUAGUACGCGCGAGCGGCGGACCAUCCUCUCCGCUCAGCGCAUCAAUGGAUUCAGGCAUAUCGUCGGCGGGCCGGCGGGCCGCCCCCAGUCCGCCCGACGAGCUGGACGCGCUGCUAGGCGAUAUGCUUAGAACUGUGAGCGCUCUACCCGAUCCGCCGCCAACGCCGGCUCCUCAGUCGCACGCCGACCGCGCUCCUGAUAUACCGUACCACGCGCGCGCUGACUCUGCGCCAUUUACUUACGGAGCACCCGGUUUACGGCCUGGCAUGCUUCGCGCUUCUAAUCGCCUCGCCAGCCCCGAGCUGGUACGUCGAGCUCUCGGCAGUGACCGGGGAUAUCGAGCAAUCGAAGACGAUGAUGACGAGCGCACCGUCACUCCGGAUCCUUCUCAACGGACCCCAUUAUCACCGCGCUCCCUCCGCAAAUUUACCCAUGAUGACAUCACAACUACAACAACUACAACCAUCCCACCUCCGGCUUCGCCUGUACGCAACGGAAAAUGGUCAAAUGGCGACGCGGAAUGGAUAGAGCGCCCGCCUAGCAGCGCUAGAAAACCUGAAAACGGCACGUGGCGUUCUAACAGUACAGUGGGAUGGCAGGACUUUAAUACAAUACGCAGGGAACCGAGGAGAUCCGAGGGUAACAAUGUUGAAGGAAACUCUGGCCUCACAUGGCUACAGAGACAGCAACAGAAAUUGAGAGAGAAAAAAGAAGCCAGGGAAAGGGUCGCUCGACUUCCGCUCGAGUGGGACGCGCCUUCCCGACAUGUGCGCAGAUCAGCUAGCCAUCGUGUGGAUGGAUAUACAAGCGACACUACCGCGUUUGCUGAUGACGACGAUGACUUCAGUGUACCGCUGCAUGUCAACACGCGCACUCCUCUCAGGACUGACAGUAUAAGUCCACAGGCUCCAGACAGGACCUCAUCUAAGAAAAUCAUGUAUGAAAAGAUGACGUUGCGCGAGUGGAGCACGAGCAGCACCCCGACAAGCACACAAGCGCCUGGUCUACUGUCUCUUGCGGAGCCUAACAACAAUGACACCAUUAGCCGCGAACGGUCGGAGAGUUGGUCACGAAGCUCGUCACGGGCGGGCACGCCGGCGUUCCCCACACACCCGCGUACACCCUAUCCGCCCACGCCCACGCCCUCUAUAAGCGCACGACCGCCGAGAUCGCCCACUGUCUCCAGGAAAGAGCGCGAAAGUAGCCCUGAGUCCGAAUACCGAGUCUACAACGGCGUAGGCACCGCCAGCAACGGCUCGCGGCGCUCCAGUGUGAGCGCGACCGAGCCGCAACACGUCGCGCCGGACCGUGUACGCUUCGCACGCGACACCAGUCACUACUGGUACAAGCCGAAUAUAUCGAGGGAUGACGCGGUGGCAGCUCUACAGCAGCUAGAGGAGGGCGCAUUCAUAGUGCGAGACUCGAACUCGUUCCCGGGCGCGUUCGGCCUAGCGGUGCGCGCGGGCGGCGCGGGCGGCGUGCGACACUUCCUCGUGGAGCCGACGGCGCGCGGUGUGCGCCUGCGCGGGUGUCCCGACGAACCUGUCUUCAGCUCGCUGUCCGCGCUUGUCUACCAGCACACCGUCACACCACUCGCGCUGCCCGUCCCGCUCAACUUACCUGAAAGAGACCCUUGGUCCGGCGGGAGCGCGAGUGCGGCGGCGCGCGCUCUGCUGGCGACGGGCGCGGCGUGCAACGUGCUGCUGCUGGGCUCCGAGAACACUGAAGCGCUUACCGGUCCUGCCGCCGUUAAAAGAGCAGUACAAAACAUUCUCCAGAAAAAGCAGACGGCGGGCCACGUGGUUCACUUCAAGGUAUUCGGCGGCGGCAUAACGCUAACCGACGCUGCACGCAAGCUGUUCUUCCGGAGACACUACCCCGCCACCGGUGUCUCCUACGCGGGACUAGACCCUGACGAGCGCCGAUACACCCAUCUUGAUGGCGGGACACAAGCAGACAAACGUAUAUUCGCGUUCGUGGCGCGCGCGUCGUCCGGCGCCGAUAACCAGUGCCACGUGUUCGCGGAGCUCGAGCCCGAGCAGCCCGCCACCGCCAUCGUCAACUUCGUUAACAAGGCUCUUCUCGGGAACUCGCAGAAGAAGGACAUUAUUUAAUAUGUUAAAUAAUUCGCAAACCCAAAACGAGGUAGAUUUCUCGCCCCAUCGUGAACUAACAAUACUCACUUUUAUGUGUCAAACACGAAGACAAAUCGCGAUUCUUAUUCCACAAAUAAAAUCACAAUUAUGAUUUUCUAUUGUAUUCCACUAUCUAUAAAUAAUGUGUAUUUAGUUUAUGAACAGGUUUAUAUUGGUUUUUAUAAAUUAUUUUCAAAGAUUAUGUACGCUUCAUAUUCACCAAGUACGUUGUACUACUAUAAUUAUAAUAUAAUAACAAAUAAAUAUAUAUUAUAUUAAUAAUUUAGUAUAGAAAGAAACUAACUAGUCUCAUCAUAUAAUUUAAUAUAGAUUAGAGUCGUGCGUGCCUAACAUUACUGUGUUAAUGUUUAUUAUUAUAAUAUAAGAUAUCAUGAGUCCAUAGUAAUUUAAAUAAAAUAAAAUUAUGUUCAAGUUAUAGUUGAGAACAACCAUACAUACGAAUGGCUAGCUGCCUACAAGUACAACGAAUUGUCAAACGAUAUAUUAGUACAAUAUUGUCUACAUAACAAUAAUAUUAAGUUCACGACGUAGCUUUUAAAAAGCUGACGCAUAAGUCCAAAAAAUUCCAACAAAAUUAUUUUAAAACGGAAACAACACAAGUAGAAUAUGCCUUAAGAUUUUGUUGUAGAGCUUCGAUAAUUCAAUUUAUGGUAAAUACAGUAAAAUGCUAUAAAUAAAAUGCCUUAACAGUGAUCUAAUAAGUUUAAUAGAUUAAUUAUAUCAUAUAAAAUUUUAAUGGUUAAAUUGUACCCAGUUAAUUUAACAUUUAUAUCUAUAAAGUAUGUAAUAACUGUUGUCAAAUGUAUUUAUUGGUUAUAAUAAAUCAUUUAAAAAUUA